AUGUCCCCUCGCGCUCUAGAAGCUCUUCGCAAGUUCACCUCCUGUGACAUUGGGGAUGCUCUUGUCAAGCUCAAAUACCCCAGGGCGAUGGUGGAGAUGAGCAAUACCGCGGCGCCCAAGCUAGACAAGCACUUCGUCGACCACAAUCAGGAGGGCGGCAUUAUGUACGUUCAGCAGCCCAAGGGCUUGCCUUCGGCUUGCUGGGGCGGGCUGAUGUCUACGAGAGCAAAGUAUCUCGGGCGGAGGCUGUGGUUAUUGAUGGUGUUUGCGCACGGCACUUCGAUACUCGGAUCCAACACUUUCACACGGGCUUCAAGAGUCAAUGUGCCGCUCCAAUUCAAGGGGGACCUUUGGAUCAAUCCCGGCGACAUUCUGGUGGGCGAUGCCGACGGCGUCGUAGUCACUCCUAUUUCUCUGGUCGAGAAGGUGGUAGCUCUAUGCCAAGAAAGGGCCGAAGUUGAUGAGAAGAUGUUUGUCGAACUGAAGAAGGGGGCUUCCAUGGGAGACCUCAUCAAAAGCGUCAGGAAAGAUAAAUGA